AUGAGGAAAGAGACCAUGGAAGCCUGCUGUACCUGCGCGACCCUGCUGUCCCAAGUGCCCCGCUACCGCGGCGAGAAGCCCUUGCCAGACGACCGGCCCCUAGAGUGCUGUCCGAGAGUGAUCUGCGGAAACUGUAUACAUGACAACUCCCGCUUCAGCACCUACUGUCCCUACUGCCAGAUCUCCAGCACUCCCUCGGCGCUGCCCCCGGGGCUCAAGGAGCCACCGUCCUAUCACUCGAUAGCCGAGAGCUCCAAGUUCCCACGGGCGCCGCCGCCGUACUCGGCCUCGGCUCCGAAAUGCGCAGACCCUCUGGACGAGAAGUCGGUGCCUCUGGAUGAGGAGCCGGCCGAGGACGUUCUACAUUUCCUCAACCACAACCACGACACCAUCACCUCCCUGUCUUUACGUUACGGGGUCCCCGCAGCGGUAUUGCGCCGCACAAACAAUAUCACGUCCGACCACUUACUACUCGGCCGCCGGACAGUCAUCAUACCUGGAGAGUAUUAUAAAGGCGGAAUAAGUCUGUCGCCGAGGCCUGUCGAGGGCGAGGACGAAGAGCUACGAAAGGGCAAGAUUAGACGGUUCAUGGUGGCGUGCAAGGUAUCUGAGUAUGACGUUGCCGUGCUGUAUCUGGAGCAAGCAGAUUAUGAUCUGGGAGCAGCCGCCGAGGCCUACAUCGCAGACGAGGAAUGGGAAGCGAGCCACCCCGUUGGGGGCUCGACGCGGGGGAAGGCGGUUGCUAGAGGUGGCGGUUUGGGCAGAAGUCGUGGCUUUCUGCGCAGACGCGGCGGUUGA